AGAGAGGAGAGAGAGAGAGGAGCACAAAGUUUCAGGCUGCAGCUGAUCGGACACGGACGGAACCUCUGGUCAGUAAUGAGUCAUCUGAGGUUUUGAUAUCUAACAAUCUGGAUUGAGGUCGUUGAGCAGAGGCAGAGGUCCACUGCUGUUCUGAGACCAGGAGCUGCAACCGGGAACAUCUGAUGACAGGACGUCUGUAACAAGUCAUGCCUGCUGAAGAGCCUCAUGAACAGAAUCAGAAUUCAAAACACUGAAGAUCAAGCUGGAUUAAGAAGCUUUUAAAUUCAUAACUGACACUUUGAGAAGCUUACCUUCUCAGACGAUUCAUUUUUCUACCUCUUGUUGCUUUUCCUGUGAAAAUAAGCAGUUUUUUUCGAGUUCUUUGAGUGCCUUUUGAUAGCUUUGACCCACAUUUGAAGCACUUAUCAUGGAAAAACGUCGCAUUUAGCACGCCACUUUUGCAAAAGUGGUGCAACUUUUUUAUAUUCAGGGUCGCUGACCUCUGGCUCUAGUUAGAAAGAAACACAUGCACGUACACUGACACACACCUGGUGUUUCUGGCCUCUUGUUUAAACAGCUAUACCCAAUCUCCACAUAAAUCACAGAGGACACUGGCCUUGAAUGCGAUCUGACACGUGUUGUUUGCAUUGUCUGAAAGAAGAGUCACGUCUCUGAUUGAGAAGGAAAGCUAUUGUGACACCUUGAUAAACACAUUAAAAACCUCACACACCGCCUCAGGGACGGUUACUCCGCUAAGUAAAGCCAUAAUUACACUGUUUAGUCACUUCCUAAAAAACAUGUGGUGCUGAAAAGUAGUCCACGUUAAUUAAAAAGUGUGCAUGUGUCACAUUGACAGCCUUUUCUGGGUCACGUCACUUUGACUGACCUAGAUUUGAAAAUACAUUUGGAGGAAGAUGUGUGUGCAAGAGGACAGGAUACACACAUUUUUAGAUAUAAACACAACACUAUCUAACCUUGAAGAUAUCGUUUGCAUUCUUACUUCUUAUGUACUACCUAGCAAACCUUUUGUCUAGGCCCUUCACCCAAGAAAAAACACAAUACAAACUUCUUAUAAGACGUCUUUAAAAGUCUCCAGUUGAUUUUCCUUCCUCACCACCCUCGAUGAACACCUUCCCUUCCUUCUCCGCCCCUCCUCCCAACACGCCCAUCCUCAAGUCAGUGUGUAAGCCGUGCCUUCGGGCCCCGUGGAGGAUGAACGAUGUUCCCACACUUGACUACGAGUUCCUUCUGUCCCCGGCCAGCUCCUCCCUCCCUGGCAGUGCUGGGGGGGGUAGCAGCAGCCCCCCCCUCUCACUGGGUGGCGUGGACAAUGAGCAGCGCACCGCCCUGGCCUUCGUCGGCCUCCUCGUCCUCUUCCUGGUCUUCCUACUGGUCCGGUGCUUCAGGAUCCUGCUGGACCCCUACAGCCGCAUGCCUUCAUCGUCCUGGACCGACCACAAGGAGGGGAUGGAGAGGGGCCAGUUCGGUUAUGCACUGGUUUAACGAUGUGUGAACAGGAACAUAUUUCAUUGAAUCUUAGAGAGCUAUUUAGAUCUGGGAAUGGAUAAUGCAUAAUGUUGUGAAUGCACUCUAACAGGAGGGGUUUACUGUGUCCUGGUGUACAGUUUUAAAAUGAUGAAUUAUGAAUCUGCAGCAUAGGGUGACCAGACAUCCGGGAAGAUUCGGGACUGUACCAAAUGAUGAAGAGUUCUCAUGUAUCCUAACCUAUUCGCCCCAAAACUUAGAUUCAAUCGAGGUGUGUUUUGCUAUAGCCGAAUACAACAUUGAAUACUUUGAAACAACUGAUGUAAGAAGUACUCAGAACCUUUACUCGAGGGAAAAGUACUAAUACGACAGUAAAUAUAUACUCUGUUAAGUAAAACUGAAUUCCUUUUUUUUAAUUAGCAUCAAUUUAUACUUAAAGUACCAAAACUAGAAGGCAAAAAGUACAAUAUACGCUUCCAAAUUGUAGUGUAGUAGAAGUAUGAACUAGCAUAAAGUGGAAAUACUUAUGUAAGUAAAUAGACCUCCAAAUUGUACUUAAGUACUUGAGUACAUUUACUAAGUUACUUCUUACCCUUUGGGGAUUUGUUUUGGUGUUUCCCCUCACACAUGAAUUAUGGCUUUCGUAGUUUUGUAUAGCCUUGCACGGUAGAUCUGACGUUUACUUGAAAAUCUUCGGUGGAAAUUAAACUUCCUUCGCUGACAUGGUGCCAGCGAAAUAAUUUGAGCAACAACUGAAGGUACCGUUUUAGGAGGAAAAUACCCAGAGAUCAUUGAUGCCUUACAUGAUCCAAACAAAGUCAUUGCAACGUCUGCAGGAAAUGAAUAUACUAUGAUUAAUACUAGUGUUCCUUGACACUAAAUGUCAUGUUCUGGAGGGCAUUCCCAACUCCCCUGUUCCCUGAAUUACACCCAUUAUCAUCUGGUCACCCUACUGCAGGAAGAAUAACAGGUUUGGUUAAACAACAACAUGCACACAGCCCACUGGACUCCCUGCGAGACAAACCCCCAGAUGUUGCACCAUGAAGGACAGGAAUAAUGAGCUGCACAGCUGAGCCAUAACCUGAACCUACUGUUCCCAUCCAGCAUGUCACAGCACCUCCUCAGGGCUAGGGUCUCCAAACUCCACAGCUUGCCAGUAUUUAAAAGGAGUAGAACUUAAAGGGGACAUAUCAAGGGUAAACUCACUUGUUCAGUGCUUAUGCAGAUACAUUUGAGUAUCUGGAGUGCCUACACCUCUACAAACAGUGAAAUAAGACAACCAGAAUGUUAUUUUGUGGGGUAGCUGCGCUUAUAAAACAUGACAUUCAGAUGUUGCUAUACUUCCUAUAUCACAUGGAGAUUCAUUAAAAUAUACCUCCCCAAUCUGAGUACCUCAACCCACAAUUUCAGGACAACCUUUGCAAUUGUUGCACUAGCCAAUCAGAACAAACUAGGCUUUUCCUGGAGUUGGUCUUAAAGAGACAGGCGCUAAAACGGCACAUUUGAGACAGAGGGUAAAACAUGUUUUUUAAAGAAGCCGAUAUGAGGAAAAUAAUGUGUUUUUUAACAUUGAAGCAUGUGAACAUGUUCUAGUAGAAACCCCUUAUACAUGUAUGAACCUGAAAAUGGGCAUGAUAUGUCCCCUUUAAAUGAAAGAGUUUAUUUUUCUUUGGGACUCACUGCAGUUUCAUGAACCUUUUAGGCAGGUAGUUUGUGUCUCCAUAACAUGUUGUCAGUGUAUAUUUUGUGUGUUACUGUGUAUGUAACUGAGAAGCCAUAUUACAUCCAUAAUCUCUUAUUACUGCAAGUAAAGUUUAUGUUCACUGGUUGUGUGCUUUGCUUUGGUGAGCCUGCCACAUUUGGUGAUGAAGCAAACAGCAACCUUUAGGCAAGAGAAAGCUUUAUUUUUCUAUUCCUGACUCGAGUUUGGGGAGUCUCCUUUUUGCUAUCUUUCUGUCCUCUUACUGUGGAUUUCUGACGGAGUCAUGCAGCCACGUCUUAGAAGGAGGAUAAGCUGGGUUUUUCUUGUGUUUUUACAUCUUUUUCUGACUUGAUCUGCUUUGUUUUUUAAAAACACUGUCAUGAAUCAGUGAAAAAAAAACGUUAUUCUACCUUAUUUCCACUGGAAAUUAAAUAAAUGAUUGC